GCAGGCUUCUUGGGAAGGAUUAAACAAAUUCCAGCAAUGCCUGAAAUAAACACUGACAAUCUUGAUGAGCAGCAAGUUCAGCUCCUUGCAAAGAUGUGCAUUCUUAUUGAUGAAAAUGAUAACAAGAUUGGUGCAGAGACCAAAAAGAAUUGCCAUCUGAAUGAAAACAUUGAUAAAGGAUUAUUACAUAGAACUUUUAGUGUCUUCUUAUUUAAUACAGAAAAGAAGUUCUUACUGCAGCAGAGAUCAGCUGCUAAAAUUACUUUUCCAGGUUGUUUUACAAACACUUGUUGUAGUCAUCCACUAAGCAACCCAAUAGAACUGGAAGAAGAUAAUGCCAUAGGAGUAAGGCAAGCAGCUCAGAGACGUUUAAAGGCUGAACUAGGAAUUCCCAUGGAACAGGUUCCUCCAGAAGAUAUUUCUUAUCUAACACGAAUCCAUUCCAAGGCACAAUCUGAUGGGAUUUGGGGAGAACGUGAAAUUGAUUAUAUCUUGUUUGUGAGGAAGAAUGUAACCUUAGAUCCAGAUCCUAAUGAGAUUAAAAGCUAUUGUUAUGUGACCAAAAAAGAACUAGAAGAACUCCUGGAAAAAGUAGCUAAUGGUGAAAUUAAGAUUACACCCUGGUUCAAAAUCAUUGCCGAGACUUUUCUGUUUAAAUGA